AUGGGGGUGAUGGAGCAUGAGGAGAAGAACAGCCGGAACUCCACGGUGGAGCAGCGGGUCCAGGAGCUGGAGCAGCAUUACAACGAGGCCAGCACGCUACAGCACAUCCAAGCCACACUGCUCUACGACAUGCAGGCCCAGAUCCACAACAUCUCCCUGCUGACUGAGUGGGUUCGGCGCAACCCCGGCUGCCUCGUUCCUGCCGAGAUGAGGUCGCAGCAGGAGAUGCACCAUCCAGAUGUGAAGCACGCAAAGAACUGCCCAAUAGACUGUGCUUCCAUUUACUACAACGGGAUCCGGAGGUCUGGGGUCUACAGCAUUAUGCCCUCUGUUGGUGGGAUGCCUAUAGAAGUGCUGUGUGAAAUGGACACGGAAGGUGGAGGUUGGACUGUCAUCCAGCGGCGGCAGGACGGCUCAGUCAACUUCACCCGGACGUGGAACGAGUACAAAGACGGCUUUGGGGAUUUAAACAGUGAGUUCUGGCUGGGUAACGAGAACAUUCACAAGGUGACAAACCAAGGGGACUACUCGCUCCGCAUUGAUUUGGAAGACUGGAACAACAAACACAAGCACGCCUUCUACCAGAUCUUCAGCAUUGAGGAUGAGGCAAAUGAUUACCGCCUGCAUGUGGAUGGCUUCAGUGGGACAGUAGAGGAUUCAUUUGCCUGGUACCACAACAAGAGGAGUUUCAGCACGCCCGACACGGGGAACAUCUGUGCCGAGAUCUCCCACGGAGGCUGGUGGUAUCAUCAGUGCUUCUUCUCCAACCUCAAUGGAGUGUACUACAAGGGGGGCAGGUACUCCACAAAAAAACGCAAAAUCCUGGGGCCAGACGGCAUUGUGUGGUACACGUGGAAAGACUCUGAUUACUACUCCCUGAAGAAAGUCACCAUGAUGAUCCGUCCGCGUACCUUCCGACCCCAUCUCUCCCCAUGA